UUAUUGUUCUGUUUGCAAUUUUUCAGCAAGUUAUUCUCUUCACAUGUACCAAAAAUUUUGAAGGAAUAUAGUUUAGUUGGCAACAUUUGAAGUCUUUUGUGACAUUUAAAAUCAUUUAAAAUUCAUGAAGAAGGGUGUACCAGGAAACAUAUCCUGCCUUGUUUUUUUGCAUGGAGCUUCCCCAUACAGUGGUCUAUUUGAUAAUUUUAGAUGAGUAUAAGCAUACCGGAGGACGUAAAAGUAUUUCUCCGUGCAGUUUUAAUUUCUUCUCCUGGAGUUCGACAAAGUAACCUUUUGAAAGAAUAUAAACAGACAACUUCUGAAGAUUUGUGUUAUGGAACAUAUGGUUUUUCAAAUUUGUUUGAGUUUUUAUUGGCCCUUCAAGGUGAUAUUACACGUCUGGAGUUUAGUCCCAAACAUGAAGACAACAUAAUCUUUGCCGUGUUAGAUCAAUCAAAGUACUCCUCACAACAUGCACAGAAAAAUUCCAAAAAAUGCAUUUCUGGCAUGAAAGCAAAAAGUCCAAGUGAAAUAACAGCAUGGAAAAGAAAUAAGAAUGCUGGCUCAAACAAUAAUCCUGUGGAAGAAAAUAAUGCAAGAAAAGAGACACUUCCAACAAACCGAGACUGGGACUCUCUGAGUAAAAUAAUACCUAAUCACAUGGCAAAUUAUCGGUUAAAAAUUAAAAGUGCAAAGUCUGUGCAGGUGUUAACUUUGAAGAAGGAAGAUGUGAACAGACAUUUUAAAAACAAGAAGUAUAAUCUCAGCUCCAUGCACACUCACAUCACUGGCUCUGAUAAAGAUCGUGUGGUUUUCAUAAUCCUGAAGACUUUUUAUGCUGCUUACACCUGCUGGAAAGAAAACGAGCGAACAAUCAUCGGUGGUCAGCAUGUAGCUGUUACACCCACCACUCAAACAAUGAUCUAUCAACAAAAUAUGUACCGUGUUGAGCUUACAAAUUUCCCUCACGGGCUAUUGAUGUCCACUCUUAUAUCAACAUUCAACCAAUAUCCUGGACUGCUCUCAAUAAAUCCUGCACCAAGAAAAAGAGGUGCUGUUAUUGCUUACAAACUCAAAACAUCAGCAUUGGCAGCAUGUAAUGGAGUUAAAGUUCUCCGAGGCAUUGAGGGUAAAGACCACACUGUGAUUGUCAAGGAAUUAAUAGACCCAUUUGAUCACAACAUUAAGUCCUCACAAGGGGCUGGAAUAUUAGCUACACCAGAACAACCCACACAAAAUGUUAUUCUGCCAUUAAUGGAUUUAAAAAUCAACCCCACAUCUGAAAAUCUUGCUGAUACUCCUGAAGAAAUCAUAGAAACAUUCGAAAAUUUGGAUUGUAAAUUUUGUUUAAAUUAUUCUCAAGCUGUUCAUAUGUUCCAAACAACAUGUAAACGAAAACCUAGAACAGCUCGAAAUGUUGCUGACAAAAUCAAUUUUCUUGUAACAUACCCAGUCGAUGCUUGCCGGUUUUGGGUAAUGUUGAUGGACACUGAUGGAAAGAACUACAGUAAGCUCAAAGAAAUUGAAAAUAAAAUUGCAGAGGAUGUGAAAAAAAUUGUAGCACAAGAUAUACUACCAAAAAUUGGACAACGUGGUACAGCAUUGUACAGUGAAGAUAAUGCAUGGUACAGGUGUUAUGUGUUAUCCCUAUCAGAAGAAACAAAAAAGAUUACAGUCUUCUUCUGUGACUAUGGCAACACUCAUUUUGUCAGCCUGGAUCAGUUUCGUAAUACAUACACGGAAGUGUGGGCUAUACCCCCACAAGCAAUUCCCUGCCAAAUCCACGGCUACGAAAACAAGCAUCCUGUUGGCUCAAAACAAUAUAAUGACAGUCUUAACAAUUCAGUGAAAUUGCUAGCAACAGGCCCAUUAGUAGCAACAGUCGUCAAAGAUGCAUCGUAUUGUCAGCCACAUAUUGUGGAACUCAAGGACAUCAAAUACAUGAAGAAUGCUGGUGGUGAUAGCACACUAGAAAGUAUUUUUGAAUUGAAUGGUUGUAUUGUCCCCAUUAGCACUAAAGAACAAGAAGGUGUAGUACCUUCAAACUCAACAUUAGACAUCCAAGUAAACGCUGCUUCUCCAUCAAAAAAUGUAAAGAAGGACUCAUUGUUUGAGUAUGUUGAAGAUGAUCUUGUCAUCGGGAUGAUAGCCGAAGUGCAUAACGUCAAGCAGAUGUAUUUACACCUUGGUGAUAUUAGCGUGUUGAAUAAUCUGGAAAGUAAACUUCAGAUGUUUUACUACGAAGAGCAUCCACAACAAGCACAAGUGGAGAAAAAUAAAUUACUCUUGGUUAGCAAAGAUGGUAGAAUAAGGCGUGUGUUGAUUCUUGAGCUCUCGAAGGACAGGAGAAAGGCGCGAGUACUGCAUGUGGAUUACGGCAUCAUAGAAUGGGUGGAUGUCAACGAUGUCUUCAGUUUAAAUCAGCCUCUGAAAAUCAUACCCUGGCAAGCACGCCCAGCCGCACUUGCUGGCAUCGAUUGCUCCAAAUGUAUGACACAAGCGACACAGUUUUUGAAAAUGAGAAUCAAAGCGCCAAUAACAGCUAACAUAAUACGCAGAAGUGCCAAUGAAAAGGUGUAUGUGGAAAUAUUUGAAAUGUCAAACGGUUACAGUCUGAAUAAGGCCUUGGUAGAGCAAGGUUAUGCAAUGCUCAGUGACAAUACAUCAACUGCAGCUGAUGACGAUACAGCUAGUAACAGUGGUAGCAUGAAAACAGCUUCCCAACAUAAAGCUAUGCCGUGUACACUACAAGCAAAUGCACUCGCAGUGAAUAUAUCCACUCCAGAUCGAGGCAUAUCAAUAAACAUGGAUGCAACUGUUCAACGCGCACAGUCAGUGUCUUCUGAGAAUUCAUGGAACUCGAAUCCGUCGAAGCCCUCCUUCUUUGAAGAAAGCUCUCCGUCGCAGAAAUUUGAUAGAAAGCCGUUAGUCAGUGUUGACAGCGACGUGCCGAAGAAAGAACACAUCAAAAGAUGGAUGGACAAUAGUGAAAAGGCAAUGAACCAGAACGCCAAACAAAGUGAAUUGGUAAGAGGUGGCAGCAUGUCGUCUUCAAGCAGCAUGGGUGAUAAAAGACCUUGCACACCACCGUUCCCGCCUCCAGAUAUUAUUUCAUCAAAUAGCAUUCCAUCGAUCCGAAUCUGCGAAGGAGCGUACAUCGAAGGAAACAGAGUGCGUAUCGGUCAAAACAUUGAGUGUUGCGACUACCUUCAUCUGACAAACAAUAGUGUGGAUCAAGGAGAGGUGAAGACUUUGAGGGAGAAAUGGAUGACAGAGAAAAGGUGUUUGGAAGAGAUCAAGACUAAACUUGACAGUUUGAUGCACUUAAGUAAGGAAGAGUUAGACCAUUUCUUUAAAGAAUCGAAAAAGAAAAAACUGCAUCUAAAAAUUAGGAUCAAAGAGGAGGAAAAACUGACGAACCAACUCGAGCAAGAGCAUCAGAAUAUUGUGUCAGAAAUAAACACGAUUCUUGCGAAAAUAUGAAAACGAAAUUUUAAAAGCGAAAAUAUAAGGAAGCUGAAUAAAUUUGACGUUUCCGAAAUCGUAGCGUCACCAUACUUAUUCCCGGCAAACGUGAGUUUGGCAUUCAAUGUAACCUCUAUUUCAAAGUAUGAAAAACAUCACAUUUGAGCGAACACUAUUUUUACUUCGGCACACAUAGAUAAUUUCUUUGAUGUGCCGCAGGUUUUUCUUUCAUUAAAACUUUCAUUUUUACGUAAACUAAAUGGCAGAUAAAAUCCUCAUACAAAAGUUGACAAAUGCUGUAAACAUCUAAAUUGAUAUUUUACAACCAUUUCCUUAUUUUCUGAAUCCACAAUUUUUAAAAACAAAGCAUGAAAAUAAAAGGCUAUUGACUAUAUCAGACUGUAACUGGUCUACUUUAAACACAACGACACAAGCCUUUACAAUACAAUUACGAGAAAGGGAUAAUAUGCUUGCUUUUUUAAUGACCUUGUUUGUAUUCGAGUUUUAAUUUUGUUAAAGGUGAGUGAAUGUUGACAAAAUGUUUUAAAGAACGAGAAUUGCUCUGCUGCGUCAUCUCUUUGUCAAUACAUUUCAUCUCUAAAUCUUUUCUUUUGUGUGGAAAUUUAUGAAAGAUGUUUUUUUUCUUAACAUCUUGUUUUUUUGUUUGCUUUGUACGUAGUUUUUUUCCAUAUUUUUAUAUUUUGUGUUUUUAGAGUAUAUUUAUAUAGAUUGUACAGAAGUUAGGUAUAAAAAAGACAGCGUUUAAUCA